AUGUUAGUCUUUGUCAAUAUUGACCAUUCGAGACAAAGAGUGCUGACUGAAUUCUCCCAGACGGAAUUGGCAAUACACAAUUCCACACCUCGCUUAAAGCUGUUUGAGACCGACGUCAUCAUUGAUUCUGGUGCACUUGAAGGCAUCAAGGUCUUUAUUGCCACGGAGCGCAAUGGAACCUCAAUGAAAUUAAAUCAUGCAUUUCGAAUCGACGGUGAAGUUGCCGCUGGCGGUAGCAACUCUGUCUCAACAAUAUUCGAGGACUCCAUUACUACUAUCUCCAUUGACCACGCCGAGGUUCGCCUCAAUUGUAUGCUUAACAGAGUCACAACACACGGCAUUGGUCGAAUUGAGGAAUGGUCCCGUCGCGUUCUGACGCCAAGUUCGAGAUCGGUUGAAUACAUCAAAGUGUUGCAUCGCUGCACCGCCUUUAUGCGGCACGAUUUCCAUGUGAUUUACCUUUUGAAACCACAUAUCACAGACUAUCUCAGUAUCGACGCUCUCAAUGUGGGAAAUGUCAUUAGCUUAUGCGGUGUUGUCGUUGCACAUCAGCAAGCUACGAACACAUGGGAAAUCGAGGUGUCGGAAGUGCAGAUGAUUCAAGUUCAGCCAGCUGUUAGAGAAAGCAGGCAACAAAGAGACUACCGAAAUACACCAAGCAUCGAGUCCAAGUUCACGCUGUCGCAGUACAAAGCAUUAAUGAGAGUCGCCCAUAAUAACUCAGAACUUGCAAAUAUCAUUCGGAUCAAGAUCUUUAUUCGCAAAUCGCACCGACCUUCUCAUGUUUCCCCCACUGUUACUCCUAUUACAACUAUGACAAAUAGCGUCCUUUAG